AUGCAAUGGCUCGCGAUGGGACUAGGACGAAUCUCAGUGUGCCGUUGUACUUCGGCAUUGGCGUGCGACAUUCCUGGUACCCGGGUCGAGGCCAGUCUUCUGAGCAGCACCCGGUUGAUCGUUGCGCACCAGCGUGGCCGCCGCUGGGCUUUGGCUUUGACGCAUUUCCAAGCACUGCGAGCAGCGCGGUUGAGGCUCGAUACCGUGUGCUUCAAUGCAGCGCUGGGGGCCUGUCGGGAGGGCGCUCGGUGGCAAGCCGCCCUAUGUCUUCUCUCGGAGAUGCACUCCGAGGGGAUUCCACCCAACAGCUUCAGCCGAAAUACGUCCAUAGCGGCGUGCGCUCGGGCUGCUGCCUGGAACACGGCCCUGGAUUUCAUAGAUUUCGGCAUCGACCAGGUCGGCGGAGGCGCCGCGCUGGAUGCCCUCGCCCGUGCAUCGCAGUGGCAGCGAGCACUAGACCUGUGGUUGGCGUUGCCAGGCCUGCGGGCCAUGCCAGACAAGGUGGCCUCCAACGUCCUCCUCGCUUCGUUUGCUGCAGCAGCGCAGUGGCGCAAGGGCGUGACUCUCCUCGACGAAGGCUUGGGCAACUUGGACAGCUACGGCCGAGCUGCAGCCGCUGGCUGCUUUGCAGCGGCAGCGCUUUGGCAGGAGGCCUUGGCCCUCGCACUGCAGCAUGGUUCGGAUGGCUUGCAGGGACCAGUGCAGGUCCUGAAUGCAGCACUGACGGCCUGCGCCCGCGCUGCAAAGUGGCAACUCUGCAUGCACCUCGUGCGCUGCAUGCCGACGCCCGACGUGGCGACGUUUGGCAUUGCCAUCAGCGCCCUAGAGCGUGGUCGAGCCUUCUGGGGCCGAGCGCUCGCACUGCUCGCUGAGUCUGAGUGUGCCUCGCUCAACAACGUGUCCGUCUACAACGCCACCAUCUCCGCACUUGGUUCCGCAGGCAAGUGGAGAUUUUCCACUCAGCUACUUCAGAGCAUGCGUGAUCGUGACCAGGAGCCGGACGUCACUAGCUUCAACGCAACGCUCUUUGCCUGCGAGCGAGCCGCCAAGUGGGAGCAGUGCCUACAGAUCUUCGAGGAUGCCAACACGGCGAACUUUGAUGCUGCCAGUUACACCAUGCUUGCCAGCUCCCUCGACCAGGCAGGGCUCUGGCAGGAGGCAGUCCGGCUUCUCCAGCCCUUUCUGCCUGAAUUGCCGCUGCCGGCAUGGACGCUUCUGCUCAAGGCAUGGUCGGGACAUUCCUGGCAGCACGGCCUGCAUCUUCUUCUUGACCUUCAUGCCCUUCGUCCCCUUCGUGAGUUGCCUCUUCUGCCCGAUCUGGCCGCCGUCGACGUGGUCCUGGCAGCAUGUGCACGUCGCUACGCAUGGAAGCAGGCCCUGCAGUGCCUGCAGGCACUUGGGUCACUUGCACCUGGUGCUCGUGGUGGGCCUGGUUCACUUGGCUUUGAUAGUGGCUGCCUCCUUCAGGCGCUGCAGGCCUGCGACAGCAACCACUUGCCACAGCAGGGCCUGUGGCGCACGUUGGAGGAAGCCGUCGGCCGCUCGCGCUCGCAGCGUGCAGGUGCUCGGGCAGCCUCGGUGCACGGCCUCGUCGUGGAGGUUUCCUGGAUCGGUGCUCGUGGCGCUCUCGGAGCUGAAGAUGCUCAAGCCGCUUCCCUUUUCAGAGGGCCCUUGCGGGCAUUCGAGAAGGCACUGCGGGUGGAGGACGCUGGAUCCGAACUUGGUGGGCUAGGCAGCGGGCCGCUGCGCACACUUCUGCAGCAGCACCAUUGUGCCGGGGAGCUUUCGCGCAAGGUGGAGAAAAUGGCGAGGGCAAGCUUUGGUCACCAGGAUUGUGUCACGCACAUCGAUGCACACUGCACAGGAGAAAGAUGCCCUGAUGCAGGGAUCUUGAAGGACUUGAGGCUUCCUUUCCCGGAUUCCAAUUCUUAA